CCAUUCGACUUCUACUAAUAGACGAAGUGGAUCUCAAUCAAGCCAGGUGGAGAGGCAAAGCAAGAACGCAUGCUUUGGGCAUGGUGCCUACGCCCCAGGUGUGCGUAUCAACCCUGGUCACAGUGAGCACAAUGGCAGUGGUCGACCUCUACCUGCUGGAGCAGAGCAUGCUGGGAGCCCGUGGCAAGGCAGGGCCCAGCGUGUGGCCAUGCGCCGCCGUGCUGCUAGGUGACCUGGGCUUCCUGCUGGCGCUGCGGUUCGUGUCGGCGGGCGUGGUGUCGGAGGCGCUCUCCCCGCGCCGCGGCUUCGCCAACGCCCUCUGGUUCCUCUUCCUGUCCCUGCUCCAGCUCAAACUCUUCUUCGUCUGCCAGAACUACCGGACGGAACGUCGGCCACCUGACCCCUUGGCCAGGAAGACACUCACCCUGCUGCUGUCUAUCUGCCUUCCCUCCCUGUUCCUCAUCCUGACUGGGGCUGACAACAUGACACCAAUGCGGAGGAAGCAGGAGGUGCGAGGGAGGCUGCUCUGGGUGGUGGUGGACCUGCUGGACGUUCUGGACCUGCAGGCCGGGCUGUGGGAAGCCCACGCAGGGGCCACUGACCUGAGGGUGCCCCUGUGGGCCGAAGGCCUGGUGUUCUUCUACUGCUACGCCCUGCUGCUGCUGCUGCCCUGUGUGGCCCUCACAGAGCUGGGGGCCGCCGCCAUGCCGGGACAGAGGGGGGCCCGUAAGGAGCCCCUGUACCCCUGGCUCAGCCUGGUCACCAUCAACGUGUUCACACUGGCCCUCAGGGGAACGGGCAUGCUGUGGUACCGGGACCCCCGGGUCUCGACAGUGUUCCUGGGGAAGAACCUGCUGGCCCUGGCGGUGAAGCUGAGCUCAGCCUGGGAGAGGCACAAGCAGGGUGGGGACAGAGGGAUGGGGGAUGGGGACGGAGCAGAGGCAGGGGGGGAAUCCACCCUGGCAACACAGAGCUCAGAGCAGACGGAGGACCAAGCCACAGGCAAAACCACCCCUGGGCCGACUUCCCGCUACCACAUACCGUCCCACUCCCACAGCCAUGGUUACUCCCUGUCCCACGUCAGUCUGGAUCCCACAGAGACCUCCAUGGGCCCAUCCAUCUCCCAUGAACUCUAGAAACUGACCAGAGAGAAAGACAGCUCGGCAUCAGCCGUCAAGCUCAUCAGAGCUCCCAGGUCAGGCAAGAAUUUAGCACUGAAGAGAAGACUGUUGGCCUUACACUGAGACAGAAACUAAAAACCACAUGCAACCAACCCAGGCAAUCACAGCAGUAACUCAUCCAAUUAGCUCACUUUGGUUAAAGGGAUGAUUUAUCCAUCCCCUGGGUCCCGGACGCUUGUAGUAUUUGAGAGAGGGCUGGGGCGGCGUGAGAAAUGUAAAGCGAAGAACUGCAUUGUUUUCCAAGGAGCUACAAUUAGUGUUGGUUCCACACAGACAUCGGUGUCUUAUGGGACAUAAUCCCGUGGUGUUUGUCAGUGUGUUUCCUGUGAAAGCUCUUCCACCGCUGUUGUCAGCGACACCUCCAGGACAGCUU